GAACCCAGCUCUGGGGAAGGGUCUUGAGUGCGGGUGGGAGGGAGCUUGUCAGGGUCCCUGGGAGUGGCAGCUGUCAGGUGAACCUCUGCUCAGGUGGCCUUACUUCAAACUCCCUCCCCUUCCGGCCCCCAAGCUAGUUAUGUCAAUCCUGCUUGGGGCCAGGACCUGCUCCACGUCCUUGAGCACGCGUUAGACCUUUUCCAGCUGCCAUGCCUCAGUUUACUUCGGAAUGAACUGGGGGAGAAGUAUCCCCACCUGGCGGGCAGGGCUCCAACGUGGCGGAGGGCAGCGGUACGAGCCAGCCGUGGGUUCGGGGUGGCCCUGGUCCUGGCCAGAGUUAGGGAUCUCUUCCUUUAGCUGCGUGCACCUACAGCCCGGGCCACAGAGGGGUGACCAGCUUGGCGCUCUGCGCCAGCCGCGGGCGGCCCUACUGACUGAGUAGAAACCGCUGCUGAAACAGGUCUGUGCGCAGGUGGCUGCAAAGCCUGAGCCCGGGCCGCCGAGCCGAGACGCACCAUGGCGCCCACCCUGGCCACAGCCCAUCGGCGCCGCUGGUGGAUGGCCUGUACAGCCGUGUUGGAAAACCUUCUCUUCUCGGCAGUCCUCCUGGGCUGGGGCUCGCUGCUCAUCAUGCUCAAGUCGGAGGGCUUUUACUCCUACCUGUGUACGGAGCCAGAGAAUGUCACCAAUGGUACAGUUGGGGGCACUGCAGAGCCAGAGCAUGAGGAGGUGAGCUGGAUGAAUGGUUGGCUCAGCUGCAAGGCCCAGGAUGAGAUUCUAAAUUUGGCGUUCACCGUGGGCUCCUUCCUGCUUAGUGCCAUCACCUUACCUCUGGGUAUCAUCAUGGACAAGUAUGGUCCUAGGAAGCUCAGGCUACUGGGCAGUGCCUGCUUUGCUGUCUCUUGUUUGCUGAUUGCAUAUGGAGCAAGUAACCCAAACUCUCUCUCCGUGCUCAUCUUCAUCGCCCUGGCUCUGAAUGGCUUUGGGGGGAUGUGCAUGACCUUCACUUCAUUAACACUGCCCAACAUGUUCGGUGACCUUCGGUCCACAUUUAUUGCCUUGAUGAUUGGAUCCUAUGCCUCCUCAGCAGUCACCUUCCCAGGAAUCAAGCUCAUCUACGAUGCUGGUGCCUCCUUUGUUGUCAUCCUCGUAGUCUGGGCUGGCUGUUCUGGACUCGUUUUCCUCAACUGUUUCUUCAACUGGCCGCUAGAGCCCUUCCCAGGGCCAGAGGACAUGGACUACUCGGUGAAGAUCAAAUUCAGCUGGCUGGGCUUUGACCACAAGAUCACAGGGAAGCAGUUCUACAAGCAGGUGACCACAGUGGGGCGCCGCCUGAGCGUGGGGAGCUCCAUGAGGACUGCCAAAGAGCAAACUGCACUGCAGGAGGGCCACAAGCUGUGCCUGUCCACUGUUGACCUGGAGGUGAAGUGCCAGCCUGAUGUUGCAGCAGCCCCCUCGUUUAUGCACAGUGUGUUCAGCCCCAUCCUGCUGCUUAGCCUGGUCACCAUGUGUGUUACACAGCUGCGGCUGAUCUUCUACAUGGGGGCUAUGAACAGCAUCCUCGAGUUCCUUGUUAGUGGUGACCAGAAGACAGUUGCCCUCUACACCUCCAUCUUUGGCGCACUCCAGCUGCUCUGCCUGCUGACAGCUCCUGUCAUCGGCUACAUCAUGGACUGGAGGCUGAAGGAGUGCGAAGAUGCCACUGAUGAGCCUGAGGAGAAAGACACCACCCAAGGCGAGAAGAAGCAGAAACGAGACCGGCAGAUCCAGAAAGUCACUAAUGCCAUGCGAGCCUUUGCCUUUACAAACUUGCUGCUUGUGGGCUUUGGGGUGACCUGUCUCAUUCCCAGUCUGCCACUACAGAUCUUUUCCUUUGUCCUGCACACGAUUGUUCGAGGAUUCAUCCACUCUGCUGUAGGAGGCCUGUAUGCUGCUGUGUACCCUUCCACACAGUUUGGCAGCCUCACAGGACUGCAAUCUCUGGUCAGUGCACUUUUUGCUCUUCUGCAGCAGCCACUGUUUCUGGCCAUGAUGGGUCCCCUCCAAGGAGACCCUCUGUGGGUGAAUGUCGGUCUGCUUGUUGUGAGCAUGCUGGGCUUUUGCCUGCCACUCUACCUGAUCUGCUACCGGCGUCAGCUGGAGAGGCAGCUGCAGCAGAAGAGGGAAGACGACAAGCUGUUCCUUAAGAUCAAUGGCUCAUCCAACCAGGAGGCUUUCGUGUAGUGCCCACCACCUCAGCGCUGUGGCCUCCUAUCCAUGCUUGAGUGACUGACCGCUGUCAUCCUCCCUGUCCCAGAGGAUCCCAUGUACUCCCUGGAUCCUGUCCUUCACCACACUGGAGCCCAGGCUCCCUCACAAAGCCCUGGUCCUGUUGUGGAGCUCUGGUGCAGAAGGUCAGGAAAAUGCCCAGGAGGACUGAUUCUCUCUCUGCUAGAAGUAGGGCUGCCCUGGCCUUGCUUUCACCCCAAGGAACUAUGGGGCCUUGGGUCUCCGUGGGGCCUGUACAUGGAGCCAAGGGCACUCUUAAAGAGCAGGUUCUCUCCCUCAAGGGUCUGGAUUCUGCCUCUUCCCAAAGCAGAGGGGCCUGCUGUCAUCCACCCACAUCCUGCCUCUCUGCUGCAUGCCCACCAAUUACGCCUGCCUGAGGACAAAGGCUUGCACUGUCUGCACUCCCCUUGCCUGGCCCCUUACCUCCCCUGGCCAGUCUGAGGCUGCCUGAGGAAGGAAGGACCCGUUUUCCUGUUGUUGGUGCUAACCCCUUUGUAAUUCCAGCUUCCCUGUGGCCUGUC